AUGGUCAUCAACUCCACCACAGUCACUGAACCCACCACUCGGGGCCAGCCCACUGGCGAGAAUGGCCUCAAGAACGGCAACACAGAGCACAGCGGCUACCGCAUGAAGGUCGACGGCACCGAUCCCGUUUUCGGCGAUUGGCGCGACGACCUUGUGCGGGACGGCUACGCGGUCGUCAAGGGGGCCGUGCCGCCUUCGCGGGCGCUCGAGUACGCCGAUAAGAUGUACUCGCUCGUCGAGUCGUUCGGGCUCGGGUAUGACCGCAACGACCCCUCCACCGUCCACCCGGACAAGCUGCCCGUCAUCAACGAGAAGGGCAUGCUCCUCCCUUAUGGCGCUUGCCAUGAGGCCUUUGUCUGGGACAUCAGGAGUGAGGAGGGUGUGCUCAGCACGUUCGAGAAGGUCUACGGGACCGAGGACUUGCUCGUGUCUUUUGACACGAUCAACUACGGCUUUCACAAUCGCAAGAACCUUCCUUCCAACAGUCCCUGGCCUCACCAGGACCAAGACCCGGAGAUUCCUGGGUUUAGAUGUCUCCAGGGUCUGGUCAACUUGCUGCCUAACGGCCCAAAUGACGGAGGUCUGAUUGUGUGCAAGGGUGCACACUUGCUUAGUGAGGAGUACCACGACCACUUCCGUGGGAAGGAGGACCGCAUCCCUCAGUGGACAAACGAGUGGUACGGCUUCAAGGACGAGGGCAUGCAGUGGUUGAAGGACCGUGGCUGCGAAUGGGUCAAGCUGGAGGCAGAGCCUGGCGACCUGCUCCUCUGGGACUCUCGUGCUCCUCACUACAACGUCCCAGCUACGGGAAAUCAGGACAGGCUGGCCAUAUACACCUGCUACAUGCCAGUUGCAGAUGCCAGCCAGGAUGAUCUGAUCAGGAAGAAGGACGCCUGGGACAGGAAGGUCGGCACGACGCACUGGCCGAAUGCGCAAGUCUUGGGAACGAACACGGCCAUACGCAAUGGAAAGCCAGAGAGUGUGCAACGGGAGAGGCCACUUCAUGAGCCCGUAUUGAGCGAGAGGGCUUUCAAGCUUACUGGAAUACCGUAUAUCAAGGCUUGA